AUGCCUGCCAAAAAUUCUACAGGAAAAGAGAUAUUCCCUAGUAGGGCUCUUGAUGCCUUUUUACCUGGAGCAUGUGCUAGUUCCAUCUACCUAAUGGAUGGGUUGUCUGGGGGAAUCCUGAUCCAAACAUUGGCUGAUGCUUCACAUGAUCGACAUUCCCUUUCAGCGCCACAGAUAAUUUUCAAUGUUUUUGGGUUUGGCUUAACUGUCAUUACCACGGUGAUAGUUACAACAUAUGCAAAAAGUCGGCUCAAGGAAUUACAGAAGGACGAGGAGCUAUUACUGCAGGGAAUCCUGAUCCAAACAUUGGCUGAUGCUUCACAUGAUCGACAUUCCCUUUCAGCACCACAGAUAAUUUUCAAUGUUUUUGGGUUUGGCUUAACUGUCAUUACCACGGUGAUAGUUACAACAUAUGCAAAAAGUCGGCUCAAGGAAUUACAGAAGGACGAGGAGCUAUUACUGCAGUAA